GGAGGGAUCGAUGGACCGGAAGUUUGCAAAUGUAUGUUUCCCACUUGGUCAUGCAAUCAUCGGAAAGUCUAAAUUGCCCGUAGGUGUGAUUGUGAGCGCGACUGUCGUCUGUCUCCUUGCGCCGUGCGAUUGGCCGGCAACCAGUUCAGGGCGUAGCCUGCCCCCCGACCCGAAGAUAGCCGGGAUUGGCUCCAGGACUCCCACGACCGUCGUGAAGAUAAGAGGCUCAUAAAACGGAUGAAUGGCUGUUAUCCCCAUCCGUAAAUAUGUAGUGGGAUUUGAUGAGGUCAGCAGCCAUCCGAAGUUGAUGUCAUUGGGUCCUUGAACGCACCACCCGAGUCGACUCUGGUUACACGAUGGCGGCCGCUGUGACUCGCGGACGAGGACAACUUCUACAUUCCGACCAGGAAACUACAUCGAGGCGAAGGCAAUAAGUUGGAAAGGCGAGGCAACCGGAGCGAGGGGAAGCUCUGGGGAUUUUCCGUGGAUCCGAGCAAGGAGGCGGCGAAGAAGAAACUCCGCCCGGUAGUUGUUUUUCCGCCGACUGUCACUUAGCCGGUUAGCCGCUAAGGCUAUUUCAGAUCACCCGAGUCGCUAGUGGCCGAACGUCGGGGAUUAGCGUCUCGAGAGUGCGACGAACAUGGCAUUUCGUUCCCAGUCGGUAAGCGAGAUGGUCGACAAGGGUUCGCAGGGAGCCUUCCGGGGCCCGGGGGACAAGUUAGUGCGCCUUCAGUAGGCUAACCGCGUUAGCGCUUCACUUGUCCUCACUACCCGCGAGCUAUCCACUUAGCAUUCUCUCCUUCACUUUGUACUGCUAAUCCCGACUAGUGAGUCUUUUCUCUUUUUUUUUCCUCAAUUAAAUUCAUUCAGCGGGGGGGUUACGGACAGAAGUGAUUUAACGCCUCAAUUUGGCAAACAUUUUGAUUCUGUCACUGUGCGUUCCAACCCUCAGUGUUGUUUUUUUUUUUUUUUUUUUUUUUUUUGGGGUGUUAUAGGAGUGCUAAUUGCAAAUCUUACCAGUCUUAUUUACAUAUCCGCCCCCCCCCCCCCCGCGCCCAAAAAGAAAAUCGCCUUACCUAGGUAUACAAAUUUUUUUUUUAAUUCAGUGAACGGUGUUUGCAGUUAAUGUUAGCCUUGCACCGCUGGAAUAGACGCUAUUGACUUUUCCCUGGACAGAUUUAUGCUCGCCACACGAAAGUAAUCAAGAUCCCAUUUGAAGUCCAGCAGGAACCUCAAGUCUCUCCUUGCUUCAGUACUGGAAUAGUUUGAUGGAAGACGGAGGCUGUUUGCCAGACUGUCCCUUCUCUACUCAGUCAUGUACGUCCUGACACAUGGCAGCCUUCUCUCUACUGCGGUUCUCCACACGGACGGGCAUCUUUUUUCUACCUGAGCCGUGUGCAGUGGACGAUGUUUAUUAGUUAGUGCCUCGCCCCCAGCCCCCCCCCCAGCCCCCCUUCUAAAAGAAGCAAGAGACUAACCAGAGCUCAGACAUUUGUUUGUGGGACUGCAACGAGACGCCUGCCACUCUGGAUCAAGAAAACCCGUCCCUCGCGUCCGGUUGGAGUCACACUCUCAAGCCCAAAUCAAUGCCUUCGGCGCUGGCUGUGUUCGCCUGCCGACCCAACUCGCACCCAUUCCAGGAGAGGCAUGUGUACCUGGAUGAGCCCGUCAAGAUCGGCAGGUCGGUGGCUCGCUGCCGGCCGGCGCAGAACAACGCCACCUUCGACUGCAAGGUGCUGUCCAGAAACCACGCCCUGGUCUGGUUUGACCACAAGAGUGGCAAGUUCUACCUGCAGGACACUAAAAGCAGUAAUGGGACCUUCAUCAACAGCCAGCGGUUGAGUCGAGGCUCGGAGGAGAGCCCCCCCUGCGAGGUCCUCUCGGGAGACAUCAUCCAAUUUGGCGUGGAUGUCACGGAGAACACACGCAAAGUCACACAUGGCUGCAUCGUGUCAACAGUCAAACUCUUCCUGCCUGACGGGAUGGAGGCACGCCGACGAAGCGAUGUCAUCCAGGCGCCGCUGCCACUGCCUGUAGACAAGGUUGCAGCCAACACUCCCAGUAUGUAUUCUCAGGAACUGUUCCAGCUCUCCCAGUAUCUACAGGAGGCCUUACACAGAGAGCAAAUGCUGGAGCAGAAGCUCGCCACGCUGCAACGUCUCCUCACCACCACUCAGGAGGCCUCGGAGAGCAGCUGGCAGGCUCUGAUUGAUGAAGACCGUCUGCUGUCCAGACUGGAGGUGAUGGGAAGUCAGCUGCAGGCCUACUCCAAGUCUCAGACGGAGGACGGCAUUCGUAAGGAGUUGCUGGCCCUGCAAGAGGACAAACACAACUAUGAGACCACAGCCAAGGAGUCUCUCCGGCGGGUCCUGCAGGAGAAGAUCGAGGUGGUCAGGAAGCUGUCGGAGGUGGAGCGCACGCUCAGCAACACGGAGGACGAGUGCACGCACCUGAAGGAAAUGUCUGAGCGGGGCCACGAAGAGCUGAGGGAGCUGGCCAACAAGUACAAUGCCGCUGUCAAUGAAAUCAAAGAGCUGACUGAUAAAAUCAAGGCAGCGGAGGGCCGCCAAGAGGAGCUGACCCAGCGGGGAGCGUCGGAGAAGAGGGAGCUGGAGCUGCGCAUCGAGGAGAUGGAGGAGAAAGAGCAGGUUCUCCAGGCUCGCGUCGAGGCGCUGCAGGCUGACAACGACUUCACCAACGAGAGGCUGGCUGCCCUGCAGGUGCGCUUAGAGCAACUCCAGGAGAAAAGCGUUAAGGAAAACAGCAGCCUGGAUGAAGACGAGGCCCCCCUCCAAGCGGCGGCGGCGGCGGCGGAGGACCGGCCCGUCGAGGACAAGCCGAACCCGCAGCCGGCCCCGAGCUGCGUGGAAGCGGAAGAGGAGGAUGAGGACGAUGAGGAUACGGAUACUGACGACGGGGCAGUUGGAGGAGAUAUGGAUGCCGUGAAGCAGUUGAAGGAAGCCGUCAGCUCGUCGAUCCAUAAACUGGCAAACUUUGAUGAUGCCCACCUACAGAACAACCAGACAGCAGGAGACGACAUCCUGACCAGCCCGGAUCGACUCAAAGGAAACCAGAUGGAUGCCAAAGAGUCGGACAUGUCUGACACGUUGAGUCCCAGCAAAGACCGCAGCAGUGACGACACGUCAGACGGCAACAUGGACGAUCAGGACCUCAACGAACCCCUCAACAGAGUAGCGCUGCUCAAAGCCGAGUUGCAUCGUGCUGGCUUGGAGCCCGGCGACACGGAACAGGUCAUCCACCACCUCCACAGGGAGCUUCUGGAGGCCCAGGAAUUAGCCAACACCGGCAAACAAAAAUGUCUGGAGCUUCAAGCGCUGCUGGAGGAGGAGAGGAGGAAUAACUCUCAGCAGACGGAGGAGUCCACGAAACAGAUCCAGUACCUGCAGACUCAGCUCGGGAAGCUGCAGGCCGACAUGGAGGCUCUGAGGGAGCAGAGGGAGAACACCAUCUGUAGCACAAGAGAGGACCUCUACUCUGCCCAGGAGGAGAUCCUCGUCCUGCGGCACGCCGUGGAGGCGGCCACGGCCGAGCGGGAGCGGGACAUCGCCGCCCUGCAGCGGGACCUGGGCGGCGUGCGCUGCGAGCUGGAGCGCUGGAGGAGCGCGGCCGCCAAGUACGAGGAGGAGAUCGGCCGUCUGCAGGAGGACUUUGCGCGGCAGCAGCUGCAACGUGACGACGCCGGUCAGCUGCAGGCGGAAUGCGCGGCUUUGCAGCAGCGGUGUGCAUCUUUGCAGCAAGACUGUGACGGCCUGAGGGAGGAGAAGACCACUCUCGCGGCCAAGCUGCACCGCCUGGAGUCUGAGCUGUCCAGCACGAGGGCUCAGAGUCUGCUGCUCAGCAACAGUCUGGAGUCCCUGGAGAAGCGGGAAGAGCUUCUUCGGGGAAAGCUGGGUUCGCUGGAGAACCGGCACCUGCAGGACGAGAGCCGGCUGAUGAGCCAGCUGGACCGGGCCCAGGACCGCACGCACGCUCUGCAGAAAGAGUACGAAGACACACAGUCGCAGCUGUCGGACCUCCGUCAGCGCUACGAGAGAACCGAGCAGGAGAAGACAAACAUCCACCAGGAGUUGGAGGAGUGCAGGAGCAACCUGAAGCUGCUGCAGGACAAGAACAAUUCUCCAUCCAUACUGCAGCCUGUCCAAGCCAUAUUCAUGGGCCUUGUCCUGGCUCUGCUCUACUGGUGUUUCGGCCAUUUGUGGUAGAAAGGGCGGCUGGAGCCCCUGGAUGCCGGUCAUCGCGGUGAUGGUCGCCGUGACGGCGGCCAUCAUCUACCCCAACCUCUCCAAGAGCAGCUCGGCCUGAAGCGCUCGGCGUCGCGGCGUAACGGGGUUCACUUGCGUGGGCCGGAAAAAAAACGUCCCCGUGAUUAAGGUCGGACGCUAACGACGGUGCCGCACAAUCCCACAAAGGCAAAAGCAUGUCCACACACACACACACACACACACACAGGCGUGCGUGCGUUGUUUGUUUGUGGGGAGUGCGCCACUGCUUUACUUGUAUAAAGUCAAAUUGUACAUAAUUGUAGAGGGAUUAUAAAAGGUUUUGGUUUGUCACAGAUUUAUUUUGUCAAGCGGCGGGAAGUUUAGUUUAUUAGUUUGGGGGCUUUUUUUUUUUUUGUUGGGGUCAUUUUUAAUAGUGUGCUCUUGUCUCUCGGAUGUUUUUUUUUUUUUUUUCAUUAUUUGUCGGUGUUUUUGUCAAAUUGCAGUCAAGCAGGCUGAGCUUCCACACACACACACAGACACACAAAAAGCCGCACGGCGUCACGAUGUUCGCACCGUGUCACCUUUUAUCCACCAAAGAUCUUACAUGUUUUUCUUUUUGGCUUUCUUUUUUUACACAUUUUUUUUUUUGGGGGGGGGGGGUUCCUCGUAAAAAAAAAAAAAAAAAAAAAAUCUCUGCACACUGUCGUCGUUCUCAGCCCGAAUGUGGAUCGGCUUCAGUUUGCCGGUCACCAAAUAUGUUGUUGCAGUCUGGUAAACUGUGUGAGUUUUUGUGCAUACUGGUUUUAUCGUAAAAAUUAAAAAUAUGUCAUGAGUGUUUUUUUUUUUUUUUAAUUGAUUCAUUAGUUUGGUUGCAAGCAAGGAAGAACUUUGGAUUCAAGGAAACAACCCAAAAUUCGACGUUUGUUGAUUUUACACGGGGCAGCGACAACGUGCUGACCUGACGCGUUUGCCGCUGAUCUCAUCUUGGAUCACGAACUCACUUUGGGUUUUUAACCCCCCCAGAAAAUGUUGCUGUGCGUGAGCCGGAUUUGACUACAACAAAAACAAAACGGGGAAAAAAAAAUGUCAAUGUGCGUGAUUUUGGUUCCUGACACAAAUGCUCGCACAUUAUCCGGACAACAACCCCAAAAUGUUUGUUUACGAUAAAAAGCAGGAAAAAAAAAAUGUACAAAGUGCAGCCCGGUGAUUGCUUGUCUUGUUUUUUCAUCGUUGAGUUGGUUUGUGGAAGCUUGGCUCUGCUCACAUUUGCCAUCUUUAACCACGUCUGCUUUUUUUGGGGAGGGGGCGGAGCGUUUUGAAACUUGAAGCCGAAUUAUCACAUAUGGUUUAAAAAUUGUUUUUUUUUUUUUUGUUUAUGGUAACUUUAAGGGCACACAAAAAAAGGGGUCAAAGUGCCUCUAAUGUAACUUAACACCGCAAUUUGUGUGUGUAAAUGUGCACAGAACCUCAGGCGCGCGCACGCACACACGAUUGUCGCCGUUAGUUUUCUCCGCACUUCGGCCUUCAAUAGCAAGUAAAAAAAAAAAAAAAAAUUACAUCACGUCAAAUUUGUGCUCACUUCCAGUCCAAUUUUGACAGCUUGCCUCAACAUUUUCAGCUCGUCAUCUUGCUGCCAAUCUGUCGUCCAAACGUUCACGUUGUGGGACUUCCGGUGAACUUUUUCCAACCUCAGUUUUUGUCAUCGCAACAUUUGCGAGCAUUUGUCACCUUCCUGACAAAGUCAUGUUAACUUUGUCGACUUACUGUCAAUUUAAUGACAGCUUUAAGAACUUAUGGUGAAUUUUGUCAACUUCAUGUCGUCGACAAAUUCAUGUUGCGUUUGUAAAACUUGCUGUCAACUUGGCUCAAGUGCGUUAAUUUCAUGUCUGCUUUCCUGACACGUUUGUGAACUUUGUCAACUUUUUGUCAUUUACAUAUCAACUCCUGCCAACUUUGCAUUCAUUGAUUUUGUCAACUUCAGCAAGUGUAAACAUCCCAUGAACUUUUAUUUCAAGUUCCUGUCACUGUUAUCAAAUUGUGAAGAAACUUUAGGUGAACUCCAAAAUUUCACGUCAACAAAAGGACCUUUAGCCGUAGCACUUUAGCAUGAGCGCGGCCACGUUAUGUAUUUGUUGUUUUGUUUUUUGGGGGGGUGGGUCGUGUAGCACCGCGUGUCACUGUUUGGUAGCGUGUCGUCACAUCCGUGUUUGAAAAGAAAAAUAAUGGAACAAUUAUCACCAGAAACACUACACUAUGCGGAGAGAGAACGUUGUAUGAUGAAUAAAAGUGAUAUUGAAUGAC